CCCCUGACCCCCCGGGGGACGAGGGGCCCGGGACCGGGCCCAGGACCAGCCGGACCCGCCGCCGCCUCCCGGGUCUCUCUUCUCUAUGGAUCUGGCUGCUAGUGAUGGUAAAGCCAGGAAGAGGCUCCUUUAAACCGCUCACAGGAUGAAUCACCUGCCAGAGGAUGUGGAAAACGUCCUCAGCAGUAGCCAGGUCUCCCACGCGUCCUUGCGGGAUGUCCACACCAUCAACCCAACCCAGCUGAUGGCCAGGAUCGAGUCGUACGAAGGCCGGGAAAAGAAGGGCAUAUCGGAUGUCAGGAGGACUUUCUGCCUGUUCGUCACCUUUGACCUCUUAUUUGUCACUCUGCUGUGGAUAAUAGAGUUAAAUGUGAAUGGGGGUAUCGAGACCACUUUAGAGAAGGAAGUUUUACAUUAUGACUACUCUUCUUCUUAUUUUGAUAUAUUUCUUUUGGCCGUUUUCCGAUUUAAAGUGUUAAUAUUUGCAUAUGCACUGUGCAAAUUGCGCCAUUGGUGGGCAAUAGCGUUGACGACAGCAGUGACCAGUGCCUUUUUGUUAGCAAAAGUAAUUCUUUCCAAGCUCUUCUCCCAAGGUGCUUUUGGAUAUGUGCUGCCCAUCAUUUCAUUCAUCCUGGCCUGGAUCGAAACCUGGUUUCUGGACUUCAAAGUCUUGCCGCAGGAAGCUGAGGAAGAAAACAGGCUCUUGAUAGUUCAGGACGCUUCAGAGCGGGCAGUUCUUAUCCAGCCUGGAGUGCUCUCCGACGGACAGUUUUAUUCCCCUCCUGAGUCUGAAGCAGGAUCUGAUGAAGAAUCUGAAGAAAAGCAGGAUAGUGAAAAGCCAGUCCUGUGACAUUCUGUGAAUCGUGCGUGCUCUUAAUUAAUAAAAAGCGAAAACCCACGCCGGAGACCGGAUGGGAAGGAGUGGAAUAAGGGAGAAGUGAAACGGCACCGAUUGAGGGUAAACUGGCGGAGCUGCUCAUCGAGAACUUAUUUAUUGUAUUACCUCACGGAUUCUUUACCACGUCCACGUAUGUAUAUUAGCCUGGCUGUGGCUGGGGAGAUAAUGUCACGGUCCAUUCUCUGUUCAGCGACGCUGAAUCUGAUCGUCUAAUGACUGGAAAGUCUCGUGCUGUCCUCCUGCUUAAUAGGCCCAGUAAUAUAGCGAAGUAACACUUCUUCAGUAACAUGCAGGUGCGUGUGCUACGUCCUGGGGUUCACUAAAUGGAAUUGUUUUAAUUCAUGACUCGCGUACUUUUGAUUUUCUUUUUUUAACUCCCCUCAUUUCCCCCAUUUGUGUUUUUUAUUCCGACUUGCUCUUUGUACAGUUGUAAAAAGUGAAUAAACGACAACAUAUCAAGGUGGGAUUGAG